AUGAAAGUGCAUAAAUUCUAUAGUUGUAAAAUCAUGCAGGGCAUUCGAUGUGCCUGUCGACGAGCAGGUAGUGUUGCACAAUUAGUACUCGGUAAACAACGUAAUACAUUUGCUAAUCCAAGAUGGUCAAGAAUUGCUUAUCAACCAACAGCUAAUUUUCAUAUUGUUGGCAAACGUAAUGCCGCAGCUCAACCAGCACAACAAAAAUCUACACAAACUCAAACAGGUCAACAAGCUGCUAAAGGUGCUAAAGGUCGUGUUGUAUCUGUAAUUGGUGCCGUUGUUGAUGUACAAUUUGAUGAACAAUUACCACCAAUUCUUAAUGCACUUCAAGUUGAUGGUCGUCAACCAAAAUUAAUUCUUGAAGUUGCACAACAUUUAGGUGAUAAUACUGUUCGAACAAUUGCUAUGGAUGGUACAGAAGGUCUUGUACGUGGACAACCAGUUACAGAUAUUGGUACACCAAUUAAAAUUCCAGUUGGUGCAGCAACAUUAGGUAGAAUUAUAAAUGUCAUUGGUGAUCCAAUUGAUGAACGUGGUCCAGUUAAUGCUGAGGAUUUUGCACCAAUACAUGCUGAUGCACCACCAUUUACUGAUAUGAAUGUUGAACAACAAAUACUUGAAACUGGUAUUAAAGUUGUCGAUUUAUUAGCACCAUAUGCUAAAGGUGGUAAAAUUGGUUUAUUUGGUGGUGCUGGUGUAGGUAAAACUGUUUUGGUCAUGGAAUUAAUUUAUAAUGUUGCUACAUCACAUGGUGGUUAUUCAGUAUUUGCUGGUGUUGGUGAACGUACCCGUGAAGGAAAUGAUUUAUAUCAUGAAAUGAUAACAACUAAAGUUAUUGAUCUUAAAGGUAAAGGUUCAAAAGUAUCACUUGUCUAUGGACAAAUGAAUGAACCACCGGGUGCACGUGCACGUGUUGC